GGCCACGAGGCGGAAUUGAACUCGGGUCGCCGGGUCCGUAGCGCGACGCGCUAACCGCUGCACUGCCGCUCGCCCCACACAAUAACGCCAGGCCAGGCCGCGUCUCCAUCGCGCGCACUCCCCAACAGUCUUCCUCCAGGGACGAGGCGCAGGAAACAGGCGCGAGUGGAACAAUGGAGCAGCGCGUCGGAGGCUUCCUGAUCGGCGAGGCCUGCAUGGAGAUGCACGAGGGGGGUCGAGAAGAGUCUCGGGAAGUCGGAAACGCGUAGCUCCUUUUCCUCCCGAGGACGCGCGGAGAGGGGAGAACGCCCCUCCGUCACCGAAUUUUUUUUAUAAUUUUUUAAAACAUUUUUUUAAAAAUCCCCACCGUUUGAUGACCCAUUCUCUCGCCACCACUCCCACCCCAUGCCUCCCUACAUCGCGGGGACACUCCGCUUCACGUGUCACCCACCCGUCUAACUGUCGGGCAGCCUCAUGCCCUCAAGAUCCGUCCGCUUGCACCUCGCACAGCAACGAUGCAUUCGAACGGCAGCGACUCGACCAACUCGACUGCCGCGCCCGAUCCGAGCAACAUUUUCGGUUUGGACUCGUUCUCCGAGCUCCUGCUGGUGUUCGCAGUCUCGGUGGCGAUCGGCGCUCUACUCGGCGCCUCCGCUUGCCUCCUCGCGUCAUCCUGCCGCUGUUGCCCGCGGCGGCGGCGUCGCGGGCGACACUCGACGUCGGCGUCGGCCGCGACGUCGGCGCCGGGCGUCGUGGCGGGCGGAACGUUCAGGCCGCGCGGGCCCUCCUCUGCGUCCGUGGCCUUCUUGCGGCAGAGCAGCGUGAGCAGCGGCGGCGGCUACGGAAAGCACUGCGGCAUGGCCCUCUCCAUCCCCUUGCCGAGGCUCCACUCGACGGAGGCGCCCGGCUCAUGCUCGCCCCACGCAUUUGCCAGGGCGGCCGCCGCCGCCACCACCACCACGUUCCAGCCGCGGGCGCAAGCCAAGGCGGCCGCGGCGGCCGCGGCUCCCGCGACGCCUCCGACCCCCCGCGCCCUGCCCGUGGGCGCGUCCGCUGCACCGCUUCGGGCGAGAAGCACCGGGCCCUCCGUGGCUCGGCUGUGCGGCCGGACCUUCUACGAGCCGAGCCACGAGGUUGCGCAGGUGCAGCGAAGCGAGGUCCUCAACCCGACGCCUCGCGACUUCGCCACGGUGGUGCAGGCGACGGCGGCGCGCCCGCUCGAGCUGGUCGCGAACCGUGACGCCGGAUCCGAGCGGUCCGAUGCGGCACGCCAGGAAGAUGAAGGCAGCUCGACAGAGACGCUGCCUGCUGAUUACUGCAUGCGGCCACAGGAGAUGGGCAUCGUCACCAUCACCACCGCCGAGAGAGGAGGAGGAGGACGAGGAGAGACGCUCCAGAACAUCAGGAGCGAGUUGGCGACACGGGACUACGGGAACAAGCCAGAGUUCAUCAGGACACUUUAGAGCAGUGUUCUUCACUCAUUUUCAGGGGUGGGGGGGGGGGUGGGAGGUGGACAGUCUUCACCAUUUGUGUCUUGUCAGGGGCCGCGCUAAAGGCCAUCAGGGGCCUUGCCGUGAAGAACGCCGCUUUCGACUGUAUUCAUGCAAAGAUCAAACUUUUUGAAGCAUCGGGAGAGAAUGGUCCUCGGCAUAAUAACGUGGAUAUUUUUUCGUCCCGAGUUUGUAUCCAGGAAAAACCGCAUUGAUGAGUCUCGAGACUCCCUUUCAAGCGCAUCCUGCAAUUGAGAUGUUUGUCCAAUUCCGUUUUAAAAUUAGGAAUGUUUUUGUUGUUCUUGCUAUUGGGAGGAAAUCGAAAGCCCUCCAAGGGGUCGACGGUCAAAGGUCCACACAGAUGGGUGCAAGAUCCCACUUAGGAGUCUACUGCCAUCUCCUGGCCAUUUCUUACGUGGCCUGCUGGGUUUUUAUUUUUAAAAUCACGGUUGCUGAGCAAAAGGCCCAAAACUCCGAAGCGGCCAAAAAUCAACAAUGUUAUUGGUUGUGUAACACAUAUGGGGGUUGAUACAUUUCCUGAAGUGAGCAAGGUUAUAAAUCACUUGGGGGUAACAGAGACGACAAAAAGGAAGCACUUUCAAAGGUGAGCAUUUGAGAGGGCGAGAUGUUAAAUGUCUCGCCGGGUAUGCAGGAGAUCGUGGGUUCGAUCCCGACCCUGACGCCUGCUGUCU